GGGGGGGUGGGGGGCCUCUUGCCUCCGGCACCAUCUGCCCCUAGCCUGGCGCAGGCCGGGAGUGGCCGGCCCCCUCCGGAGCCAUGGUGGACCGGGGACCUCUGCUGACAUCGGCCAUCAUCUUCUACCUGUCCAUCGGGGCGGCAAUCUUCGAGGUGCUGGAGGAGCCGCACUGGAAGACCGCCAAGGAUAACUACGCCAGGCAGAAGAUCCAGCUUCUUAAAGAGUUCCCUUACCUGGGGCAGGAGGGCCUGGACAAGAUCCUACAGGUAGUAUCUGAGGCUGCUGGGCAGGGCGUGGCUAUCACAGGGAACCAAACCUUCAAUAACUGGAAUUGGCCAAAUGCUGUCAUCUUCGCCGCCACGGUUAUCACCACCAUUGGUUAUGGAAAUGUGACCCCCAAGACCCCUGCCGGGCGCCUCUUUUGCAUUUUCUAUGGCCUCUUUGGGGUUCCCCUCUGCUUGACCUGGAUCAAUGCCUUGGGGAAGUUCUUCGGGGGACGUGCUAAGAGAUUGGGACAGUUCCUCACCAAGAGGGGCGUGAGCCUGAGGAAGGCUCAGAUAACGUGCACGGCCAUCUUCAUCAUUUGGGGGGUGCUGGUGCACCUGGUGAUCCCACCCUUUGUGUUUAUGGUGACUGAGGACUGGAACUACGUUGAAGGCCUCUACUACUCCUUCAUUACCAUCUCAACCAUCGGCUUUGGAGACUAUGUGGCUGGAGUCAAUCCUGAAGCCAAUUACCAUCCCCUCUACCGAUACUUUGUAGAGCUAUGGAUCUACCUAGGGCUAGCCUGGCUGUCCCUGUUUGUGAAUUGGAAGGUGAGCAUGUUUGUAGAAGUUCACAAAGCCAUCAAGAAACGUCGGCGGAGGAGGAAGGAAUCCUUUGAAAGCUCCCCCCACUCCAAGAAAGGCCUGCAGAUGGCAUCCGGCGGAGGCGUCAAGGACGUCAACAUUUUUAGCUUCUUGUCCAAGAAGGAGGAGACCUACAAUGACCUUAUCAAGCAGAUUGGAAAGAAGGGUCUAAAGACAAGUGGGGGAGGUGGAGAGAGAUCAGUGGGACCUGAGAGCAGAAGGCCUGCCCUCCCGGCUGCUCCUGUGGGUCCAAUGGCAAUCUAUACCAAAACCCGUGUGCCUAGCUACGAGGAGAUAUCCCAGACACUGAAGCUGAAAGGCCAUGUGUCGAGGUGUCAGGGUGGGGAGGCUGGGGAGAAACCCCCCAGCGACAACCCCAACACCACUUCAACGGUGUUUGUCAACCAGCUGGACCGGAUCAGUGAGGAGGAGAGUGAAGCCUGGGAUGCCAGGGACUGCCGUCCACUGAUCUUUGAGAAUGCCAACAUCACCUUUGUGAAUGAGGAAGGAGGCCUCUCAGAUGAGGACACUUCCAAAUCCUCUCUGGAUGACAACUUGGCUGGGGAGGAAGAGGAGGAACAGGGAGAGGUGGAGGAGGCUGAGGCAGAGAUGCCACUGAACCUGGGGGAGUUCCCAUCCUCCGAUGACUCCACUUUUACCAGCACAGAAUCUGAACUGUCUGUGCCUUAUGAACAGUUAAUGAACGAAUAUAAUAAAGUCAGCAGUCCCAGAGGCACGUGAGGCCCCCCUCUCUGCCCCUUGCCCUAUCCCACAAAUCCUGUGGCCUCUUCCUUCCCCUCACCUCUCCUUCAGGGGUAUCCUGUGAUGGCUGAGAUUCCCUGACCCUUGAACUGGGAGAGAAAAGGGGACCCUUUAUCCUCCCAUCCCCUCUGGCCAGAUGCCACUAAGCACCCAUACUCCCCUCACUGCCUGCCCACUUCAGGACUGACUGUUUCCACAUGCUCCCUUGGUGACAUGGUUGAACAGAUGUGAUCCUGAGGUUGGGAGAGAUUUGGUUCCUGAAAGAUGGUUUUGGUUUUGGUUUUGUUUUUUACUACAUUUGUAAUUUUGAUGGAGUACAAGUGAUACUGGGGCUAGGCAAGGUCUGUGAAUGGUCAGACCUAUAAAAAAGCAUAAAGUUUUGGGGUGUUGACAGGCUUUCCUGUCCUGGGAGGAUCCGUGCAGAGAAGGCUCAACUGAGCAGGUAUUGACUGAAAUUUUAACGUGUUGCCCAGCAACAGGACUCAAGUCUAAAAGGCAGUGCACUGGAGACAGUCUGUCCUUGUCCUCAAGGUGACUUAAGGUCAAUUUGGGGAUUCCAAAUGAACACAGAUGAGACAAUUAAUGGGACAAGGUGAUGUGUAAGUAAUCGUGGGGGUGAGGUAUACAAGGAUGCGAGGGAAACAGACCCCACAUUUGUUCUAAGCUGCUUCUUCCCGAGCUCCUCUUCAGCACCCCCAUCCCAAUACACUAAUGCAGGGGUUCUUAACUUUUUUUGUGCAUCAUGGAUCCCUUGGGCACUCUGGUGAAAUCUAUAGAUCCCUUCUCAAAAUAAUCUUUUUAAAUGCAUAAAAUAAAAUAUGUAGGAUUACCGUGGAAGCCAAUUAUAACAUUGAAAUAGAUGUCAAAUAUAUUUAUUUUUAAAAGUUCAUGGACCCCAGGUUAAAAACCCCUUAUUUUAAUGAGAAAAAGGCUGUUAGGGGUUUGGAGAAGAUGAAGGCCAACUGUCUAAUCCAGAACCCAAACUGAAACACUCCCGGUGGUAACCAGAUCCAUCCCAUGGGCCCCACGGCCCCUGUUGCCCAUAUUUAAUAAAGACAGGCCAAACCAAGCCUUCCUCGGAGUGACCCUUUGUGGAGUCACUGACAGUGGGGGUGGGCUAAUUAGAUCUAGGGUCACCACGGUUUGCCAUGUUCUGGAGAAUCAGGUAGAGCAAGAUAAAGGGCAGUGUGGAGAAGUGGGAUGUUGGCUGAAUCUGAAGCCAGCUUUUGCCAUUUAGUUACUUGGUGACGUUGGGCAAAUCAUUUCCCUUCUAGCCUCAUUUUCAUCACUUGUAUAAGGGGAUUAAGUUUGGCAUGGUCUAAGAACACUUCGAGGCCCAUGAUCCCAAGUGUUUUCCUUGUGGCUUUGCCUUUGUGCAGUUGUCUUAGCUCCUUUCCCCUGUCCUCUUCUCUACCACCACCACCACCACACCCCACCUCCAAUUCCAGGAAGCAGUGAUCAGCGGAGACACAGGUCUGUAUCUUGCCCCCUAGGUCUGGCACUUAGGCCCUUCUCAUGGGCUGAGUAGCAAAGGGGGGAUUAUGUCCCACCCCCCAAGGACUUGGACCUGUUUCAGGUAGCCCUUCCCAAUUUGGGAGAUCUUCUGUUGACUAGCUUGAGGUUUCUGAUGGAGGAGGAGGACCUUGGAUCAUAUCUUUAGCUCUGUGUACCCCUAUAUCCUUCCCUUCCCUCCCCUCUGCUACCUGAGGGAAACAAGCUAGUGAAUAUUUGGUUGUGGGGCCAGGAGUCAGAUGGGCUAGAUAGGCCAAAACUCUUGGGGUUGGGGGCGUGGAGAUUCCACCUCACCCAUUUCCUUAGAUUAAUAUAAAGUCUCUAGAUGACAGCAUACACUCCGUGUCCCCCUUGGAACUUAAUUGCCCUCAACAGAAUGUUACCACUCAUUUUCCCAUCUUCUCCCUACUAGUGGGUCCCUGAAGUCUCUAACUUACUGAGGGUGGCUUCCUUCAGGCAUUUCCCUAGAGCAAAGACUUUGAUGACCCACCCCUCCCCCAUACAUGCCUUACCUGCAUUAGAUGGAGAGGUGGGUCCACUAAAGAGGAGGGAGCAAUGCUGAGGCUUCCUGGCCUCCCUUCUGCCUCCCACAUCUCCCAAUCAGCAGUUGACAUUGAUCUUGGCUCCAAUUUGGGAAGCAGUGAAGUGCAUAUUAAUAGGCUUGGGACUGGUGUGCCUCCUUCAACUUACGUCUGGAAUCCCCAGCUGCUGUUUUUAAUUUUUUUUUUAAAGGAGAAUGGGGAAACCUGUUGAGAAUAUAAAAUUGUAAAGGAAACUAUUCCCUCUUUUGUUUUGGGAUUAGAGGGGGAGGGGAGGGCAGGGCUGGACACUCUCUGUGCAAUGUCUCCCCGGGGCAGAUAUGUUCUGCUCUCUGUGGAUAGUUUUUAUUUUUAUUUUUUUAUUAUUUUUAAAAGAAUUUUUUUUGCAGUUAAAAAUAUAUAUAUCUGGAUUCUGUGGUUGGCUACUGAUGGCGUCUUAAAUCCAAAUUCAGAAGUUAAGGGGAAGGUUUUUGUUGCCCUGAGAACCCAUCUGCCAAGUGAGUAAGUCUUAAGCUAUCUUGGAUGGAAAGCAGUGGAGGGACCCCUCCCGAAUCCCUCCUUUCCCCAUGGCUCAGGGCCUCAGCUAGUAUCCCGUGUUAGGAGAUUGAGGGGUACAUAGGAGCACUUUUAUAGAGCCAUCUUGGCCACCUCGGUUUCAUUUUCCACCCCCUGGUUACCUUCCAGGGCUAACUUUUAGUUUUUAACUCAGUUUGAAACUGUGGUUGAUCCAAUUUCCCACAGGUCACCAGCAGAUGCUAAGACCCAGAGGGGCUUUGAUUGAAUACUCUGAGAGUGUUCCCCCGGAUCCAUCUGUGGUGGGAGGCAGUGUCUUGUAGUGGAAAAGUGGACUUCAGAAUCUGAAGGCUUGGGUUCAAAUCCCUGCCCUCAAUAUUUAACUCCUCUGUGUGAUCUUGAGCAAGUCUUUUGGACUCGGCAGCUCAAUCUGAUCUGUAAAAGGGGGUUACGAAUAGUAGCACUACCUAACUCACAGGGUUGUUGUGAGGAAUGUGAUUUUUGUAAACCUGAAAGCACCAUAGAAAUGUGAACCAUCACAGCGGGCGAAUGAACCAGAAGCUCCCUGUGGAGCCUCGAAUGCCACCCCCACACCCACCCUCAUCUCCAAGUGUUUGAGGGGGAUGGGAAGGAGUGUCCUCAUCUUUUCAUAUGAUUGAUAUUCAUGACAUUUUCUUCAUUCUAUGAUCCCACCUUGCCUAUCACUGACUGUCCUGGAAUCGUACACACUGUAUGUAAAUAUUGGCAGAGUCAACGUCAAGUGUAAUUUAUUUUAACAUUUUUUUGCAAUUAAAAAAAAUGAGGUGGACAGUUAA